AUGCAUCAGCUUCGAAUAGUAGAAUCAAACAGAGCUCUGCUCUACAAGGAGAAUGAGAAGCAAGCGUUGAAAACUUUAUUGAAAUCCUGUAAAAACGUAGACGGAAACACGUUGCGUCCCAUCAUAAAUAGCAUUUUCAAUCAAUCCCUUCAAUCAAUCCCAUCCAAGGCUACAGCCAUGAUAAACGAAGUAUCAAACACGAAAACUACACAGGAAACCACAGCUCUGGCAAGCGAAGCCACAGCUUUGACAAGCGAAGCUACAACUCUGACAUUGGAAGCGCCAAACAGGCGUUUUGCCAAAGAUGUUGAGCUGCAUAGUGACACAAGCACACACCACACAGAGAAUAUAGAUGGCAAACAGAAUGAGGUCUAUAAAAACAUGCUAGAGCGCCUGCUAUAUGAUCCCAAGAUGAGUAGAGUGUCAGUCAAAGUUAAGCGACGCAGAGGCCCUAAAUCCAAAGCAGCAUUACCCUAUAAAACCGUACUCGAGAAGGAGCAUAGAAACUUGGAAGAGUAUGGACAACAAAAACUCGUAGUAAAAAGAAGAAAAACAGCCAAGUAUUCGUACAAGUGA